ACAUCAUGGAACUCCUACCUGUGACCAUUUUUGAGCCUGGAAAGCACGAUCAUCUGAUUCCUGCAUUCGCAUUUAUUCAUGAGGAUUGUGUAGAGACGGACCAUACUCUAGCGACUUUCCAACCACCGUUUCUUCACCGGGACCCUUCGACGCCAGAUGUUAGGGUCCUAGAGUACUGGAGGAACAAUGCUGCUGUAGCGGCUGAAGGCACAAAGGUCAUGUUCAUGCAAAUGGCAUUGUCCGAGAGCGGUGAAGAGGAGUUGGCAGGCUAUGUCGCUCUAGGAAGUCAGGCUUCCGAGACGGGUCCUUUUAGAGGCAGCGUCGAAAAGCUGUUGGUCAGCCCGCGAUACAGACGAAAAGGCAUUGCAAAACGUCUCAUGUCAAAGUUGGAGCAGGUAGCACUGGAGAGAGGAACAAGUUUGCUGACUCUCGACACCGAGGCCGGGAGUCCUGCAGAGGGCAUCUACCCUCGACUCGGCUACACUCGACUUGGCGCUAUUCCGAGAUAUGGUGUAUCUCCCAAGGACGGGAGAUUGGUUGAUGAGGUCUUCUUUUACAAGGAUCUCAGGUCGACGUAAUGCUGGUCGACUCGUUGAAGUCGGAGUCCAUCCGAAUGCUAAUAAUGACACAUGGGCAUACAGGUAAUAGAUAUACAAAGGGUUAGAAAAAA